UUGAGUUGAAAAGGUAUGAAAUUAAAGCAAAGCAAGCUUUUGCCAGAGUUGAUUUUGUUCAAGAAUGGCUGGUGUUACUGUUCACCCUCAUUUUUACAAGAUUAUUCUUCAACAAACUCUUUUGAACAACAACAAAUUCCAAAGACAUUUUGGGUGAAAUAUUGUGGGUCUUCAUCAAGUCAAGUAUUUCUUAAGCUUCCAUGUGGAUCAACAUGGGAGGUAGGGUUGACAAUAAGUAGUGAUGAAAAGGUAUGGAUAGAAAAGGGUUGGGAUAAAUUUGCACAGCACUGUUCUUUAAGCUGUGGAGAUCUCCUAGUGUUUGGAUAUGAAGGGAAUUCUCAGUUCAAUGUUAUGGUGUUUGACAAGAGUACUGUGGAGAAAGAUUAUCCUUUUACUCCUCCUAACCAUUCUGAGGACAAGUAUGUUGAUAUUGAUUCUUCUAAUGAAAAUUCAGACUUGUCAUGGUUUUCUAAAACCAGAGACAACCCUCCAUUACCUAGCUCUGUGCCCCACAAGAAAAGGAAAACUACUCCUUAUCCUUAUGGUAAAUCUGAAGAAUCUUCUGUACUAAGGCGGAUGGAACCUCAAAAUAUUAUAAGAAAGCAAAUGUACUUGACAGGACAAAAAAAGGCUGAAGCUCUUAUGAGAGCUAAAGGCUUUAAGUCUGAUGACCCAUUUUUCAUAGUUCUAAUGCAACCAUCGUUUGUUGGAGCUUCGUAUAGUAUGGUUGUACCAUUUAGCUUUGCAAAAAAUCACCUCCUAAGUGUCAGUAAGCAUGAAGAUGUGAUCCUUAAGGUUCAGGAUGAGCGGAUUUGGCCUGUUAGGUACUAUUAUAGAAAGUAUGCAGGGCAUUCACAAUUCAGAUUCGAGUGGGGUUGGAAGGCCUUUGCUAGAGACAAUGAUUUGAAAGUAGGUGAUGUUUGUGUCUUUGUUAAGAGACAGAACAUUGGGAUAAUGUUAUUUGAAGUUGUUACUUUUUAUAAGAAUGGAGUACCAAAUUCCCCUGUGUUACCAGUUGCAAAUAACACAACCCCUUGUGUGAAAGUUGAACCUUCUUUUACUAGCAAUAAUUAUGAUAAUGCAAGUAUGAUUUCACAUGACAUAAUUCCAAAGAAAGAAGUAAUUGAAUCUUCAGUUAACAAGUCAGAUAAAGUAUGUGGAGAAUCUCCUGAACCUGAAAAUUUUAUAAGAAAUCAGGAGUUGAGUGAAAAAGAAAAGGCUGAAGCUUUCAAGAGAAUAAAAGAUUUUAACUCUGAAGACCCCUUUUUCACUGUUCCCAUGCAACCAUCAUUUGUUGGAUCCAAAUCCAAGUAUUGUAUGGGUAUGCCAUCUCUCUUUGCAAAAAAGUACCUUGUCGGGAUCAGUAAUAGUCCUCAAGAUGUGAUCCUUAAGGUUCAGGAUGGGAGGACUUGGUGUGUAAAGUACUAUGUAAGGCCACUAGGAACAUCUUCGAAAGCCACAAUCGAGGGUGGUUGGAAGGCAUUUGUUCAAGACAAUGAGCUGAAAGUAGGUGACGUUUGUGCCUUUAUUUUGAGAAAUAGCAUUGGAAUAAUAUCAUUCGAAGUGGUUAUUUUUCAUGGCAAUGGAGUAGCAACUUCCUGUAUGUUACCAAUACCAGGAUUUGGCAUAGUUUCUGAAGCAGCCAGCAAAUUCUGCUCAAACAAUCCUUACUUCGAAGUGAAAUUGAGAUCAUCUCAACUGCGUGGACGUCCAACGCUGUAUAUUCCAAUGGCUAUUGCAAACCCUUGGUUCGAGAAAAAGGCACAAAUUGUUACUCUUUGGGUUGGUGAGGAAUAUUGGCAUGUGAAUUUAACUGUUAAUAAGGGAUCAUCAUCUUCUGGAUUAGAGCAUAGGUUUUCUGGUGGAUGGCGUGCAUUUGCAAGAGACAACUCUCUUCAGCCAAAUGAUGUAUGCAUCUUUGAGCUGAUCAACAAGAAUAAACCUGAGAUUAAAGUUACCAUAUUUAGACAAAAUGGGAUUUCUCAAGAAUAUGCUGUUGUAAUUAAUUAGUUUAGCUACAAUUUACCCCAUGUGAAGUGGUUUUUUUUGUUGGGGUAGGUAGCUUUAACUGACACUUAAUCAAUAUCAAGAAUAAAAUGGUUGCUUUUGUACA